GUGCAUGCAUGGAUCGCCUCCUCAUUCCAUCCGUUCUCACUCUUCUCUCUCUCUCUCCAUUAGGUUGAACAGGAUGAGAUCUCGAUUGCACAUCACCUUCCAUUGAACGUGUAGCAUGCAGUAUUUGAGCUUGCUGGGUUGUGGUGAUCGGUCGCCGGGGGGAUAUGGCUGGCUUCGUCAGAUCGUCAUCCAUUGAUACGUGUUAGGAGUGGCUAGCAUCGUUUCAGAUCUGCAUCAUGUUCUUCUGAACCUCAGAGGUGAGGUGCCAACUGCUAGGCUGCGGGCCGGCGUUCGUCGAUCGUCGCCAUGGGGCCGGAAGUGGCUGUUGCACUUGCGGUGGUGGGAUGGUUCGUCUCGCCGCACAUAACCAAGCUCAUGGAGGUCGCACGAUCCUGCGCUUCCAGCAAGUACAAGCUGCCAAGGGGCAUGAGGAAGAAGCUGCUGAAACUGGCGCAAGAUCUGGGGGACAUCAAGGACUUCCUGGAUCCAGCUACUAUGGGGGGCUCCGUCAGCGACAGGACCUGGGUCAACCGUCUGUGGAGUCUCAAGGAUGCCAUCCAUGACGCGGAGGAGAUCCUGGACUUGUUCGAGUGGCAUAUCCUUGAGGCCGAGGCAGCUAAAAACCUUAAGAAGCGCUCCGGCGGUGGUGGUGGCAGUGCUAGCAGCAGUGGCAGGAAAUCCGCAUAUUCUUGGUGGAUUUUCACCACCAACACCAGUGGUCCGUCACUGAAUCAGCUCAAGGAAGUGCUCAAGAACCUAGGGGAGCUUCGUGAGAGGAUGCGAGAGCUCUGCGAGAAUCCUGCCACUCGGCGUGCUGUACUUUCUCCACUCUGCAGAGCACCCUUGGGCCCGGAGCCAGUAAGGGAGAAGAAGCUCUUCUUCGGGUACGGCGUGGAGUAUGAGCAGCUAGUCUCCAUGCUCGGGGACGGCAACUGCAAGGACAAGAAAGUUAUCUCCCUCAUAGGCCAUGGCGGGAUGGGGAAGACCGAGCUUGCUCGCCAGGCGUACCGCCAUGUCCGAGGCAAGUUUGAUCGGCCCAUAUGGGUGCCUGCCUACGGCAAGAAUGCUCAGUUUGACCUUCUGGCAGAGAUUUGGAAGUCGGCCGUCGGCGAAAAAUCAGUCCAGGAGAUGAACAUUUCUAGCCUUCAGGACAAGCUCAAGGCACAACUGGCAUCCCAGAGGUGCCUGCUUGUGCUGGAUGAUGUAUGGAGCGACGAAAAGGACAUGAACGAGAGCGAGAGAAGGACUGCGCUGCGCUGCUUCACUGAUUUCGUGGGCGUCGGGAGUCGCAUCGUAAUGACGACGCGAUCCAGGAUUUGUUCGACGAAACUGGGCGCAGAAGAAACCAUCUUCCUGAAUGGGAUCAAACCUGAAGAGAUGAUGCUUCUGCUCAACGACACCGCAAAUCCCAGCGCCGAUGGUACCAGCGGCAUCCAGGGGAUGCUCAAAAGCGACGUGCUCAAGCUCAAGGGGUCCCCUUCGGCGGCCAUAGAGAUCGGCGAGAAGUUGAAGGCACGAAACGCAAGCUGCGGGCGCGAGCGACGCGGCGGCAUCCUGGCAAACAUGGAAUGCCACAUCGCCGGCGUGUUAGUAAGCCAUCUCGCCAGCUAUGACCAUCUGCCACCGCACCUCCAGCGUUGCUUCGCGUUCUGCAGCAUAUUCCCAAACGGUUGGAGGUUUGAGCCUGAGAAGCUGACCAAGAUGUGGAUGGCUCUUGGUUUCGUCGAGGAGAAGGCCCAUCAUCCUCAGGUUGGAAAUGGGAUGAGCAGCAUGGAAGACGUUGCCAGAGGCUAUUUCCAAGAGCUGGUGGACCGCUCCUUGUUUGAGUUAGAACAGAGCAAGGGUGGAGGAGACAAACAUAAUCGGUACGUGAUUCACGAGCACAUUCAUCGGAUGGAUACGUGAUGCCUCUUCCAAGAAUU